AUGGUCAGCGUGCUGAGUAACCCCCAAGACCGCGACUCCAUUCACCUCACCUCCCCCUCCCUCUCGACUCUUACUGAUACCAUCAGUACGGAUACGAUAUUUGCUCUGUCCUUUAUAACUGCGUUGAUCAGCUGUGUGUUCCACGAUUAUGGCAUCAACGCUCCAAUUGUCUCCUACCAAUUAUCAGUGAGUAGCGGCUUGAGUUCAGCAGUUUUUCUGCUCUCCCGUCUAAAUUCCAAUGAUGUGGCCUUCGUUAUGCUCUCAAUGGCAUUUGCACUACAUGCCUUUACUCCAUUUAUCAGGACACCGAUUACCAACUUUUUCAUAGUGUUGAAAACGCCUAAUUUCAGGAAUGCGCUCUUUGCUCAAUACACCGUCAUCUCAUCAAUUCUGACUGUGUCCUUAUCAAUAUGUUCCACAUAUUUUCUCUGGACUCUGUAUGUAGAGCUUGCCGUGAUCUGGGCGCUUUUCCAAAUUUUUCUUCUCUUUAUUUGUCCAUUCAUACUAAUUAUCAAACAAAAAAGUAAGCAAACACUGCAUGGACCCUGGGAUGAGGCGAUACUGCGCAAACAGAACUGA